CCCGGUCUCCCGGGCCGGCUUCCGCGGUCGCCAUGACGGCGGCCGUGUUCUUCGGCUGCGCCUUCAUUGCCUUCGGGCCUGCGCUCGCCCUCUAUAUCUUCACCAUCGCCACCGAGCCGUUGCGCGUCAUCUUCCUCAUCGUCGGAGCUUUCUUCUGGUUGGUGUCUCUGCUGUUUUCCUCCUUUGUUUGGUUCAUGGCAGGAACCAUUACCAACAACAAAGAUGGGCCAGUGCAGAAAUACAUGCUGAUCUUUGGAGUGUUAGUCUCAGUCCUUAUUCAAGAAAUGUUCCGGUUUGCAUAUUAUAAACUUUUAAAAAAAGCCAAUGAGGGUUUGAAGAGUAUAAACCCAGACGAGACCGCACCCUCUAUGCGAUUGCUGGCCUAUGUUUCUGGCCUGGGCUUUGGAAUCAUGAGUGGAGUGUUUUCCUUUGUAAAUACUCUGUCUGACUCACUGGGGCCGGGCACGGUGGGCAUUCAUGGAGACUCUCCCCAGUUCUUCCUGAAUUCAGCUUUCAUGACACUGGUUAUCAUAUUGCUGCACAUGUUCUGGGGCAUUGUAUUUUUUGAUGGCUGUGAGAAGAGAAAGUGGUAUGCCCUUCUUGUAGUUCUUCUGACCCAUCUGCUGGUGUCAGCCCUGGGUUGUCAUCUGGAUACAGCAGAACAGACCUGCACACUCAUGUCUGUUGGCGAGGUCAGGCCUGUGUGUCUUUGUGGGUCUUGGUGCUCUUCAACACGUGACACGCAUUACAUGUCUGGUGAAACAUACACCCCGGCUGCUAUAAACCUUCAUAAACCCUCAUUAUGGGAUAAAUCUGGUGUUAGCGUAUAUAACCAUGGUGCUCAUGGGCACCUGGGCAUUCUUUGUUGCUGGCGGCAGCUGCCGAAGCCUGAAACUCUGCCUGCUCUGCCAAGACAAGGACUUCCUCCUUCCCGGCCAGCGCUCCAGAUAACCUCUGAGAACCAGCACCUAUGAAACAGUAAGCUGUGUCUUUAGAGGAAGCGCAACUGUGCCUUUUUCUAAAAAUCCCCUUUCCUAGUGGAAUUUAGAAAAAAAUAAAACUGUCUAGAUACAGUAUGGCUUUUCUACAACAGUCCUCUGAAAGAGAUAACAUCAGUGGUGUGCAUCCUGGCUGCACAUUAGCAUCACAUGGGGAAACAAAGAAUUCUCAUUUCUGGGCUCCAUCCUCCAGAUUUAAUUGGUCUGGGCAUUUGUUAAUUUUUGAAAGCUUUCCAAAUGACUCCGAUGUGCAGCAGGUUGAGAAACAUCAGUGUUCAAAUGGGAACUUCCUGAGAACAUCAUCACUGAAUAAGAAUCAGAUGUUUAGCUCUCUUGUGCUGAGCAAGUAAAUAUCUGUCAAAUUCUGGUUAGCCUUUGUCUUUUUAAGUUAUAAGUUUUGAAAUCACAAAAGGCUUAAAGGGCUGUCAUCUCUGUGAGGUUUUCAUUUACCUCACUAGUACCCUGUUUUAUGAGAAUAUGGUAAGCUAUGCUUCGAAAUGCAAUGAUAAAUUGCACUGACUUACUAUGAUAAUUUAGCCAGACCAAGCUAUAGAUUAAUAAACUAUUUUUCUGUAGUUUUUACAUUCUAGAUUUUGGUUUUUGAGGACUUUACAUUGUUUUUGAGCAUAGAUUCAGUUUCUUUAACCAAAAACCAAUUAUUUUCUGAUUUCCUGGGAAGGUAUUGUAAAACCAAGAAUUUUUAUGCAACUUCUAUAAGUCUUCCCUGGGCUUAAGAGUUUUCCUGGGCUCUGCCCCAAGGCAGUACCAGCUGAGUGCUAGUUGCUGGGCUAGUUGUUCUCUGAGUAUCUCUGCAGUUUGCUGACUGAGGUACCCUGGGGCAGGCCUCACUGGAGCUGGUGGAAGUUUACCCACAGCAGGAGGAAAACAAGCCAGUAGGAUGGUGUUGGCGCUUUUAAUUUGCUUCUGUGAUACUUAACCGGCACUUACCCUCAAAAGGUGUAAUGUAAGAUGUAUGUCUUAAACUGCUCAAUUCAUGUUUAUACUUAAUAAGAUUCAAUAAAUAAUUCCAUGUUUUGGUCAAGAUACAGCAUUCCCUUUAUAGAAAAACCCAGUUGUUUGUUCAGUUUCUAAAUAACCCUUUUUAUUUCCUUCAUAAAGAGGAAAUGCCAGUGAAUUGUGCCUUUACUAACUAGAAAUUGUUCCCAGUUGAUAGCUUUUAGGGAGUUGAGGGUGUGAAAUGGAAAUUCUCUACACAUUAAUGUGGUAAUCUCUGUGGAUCCCGAAUGUGCAGUAGAACAUCCAAAAGAAAUAGGAGCAGCAGUGAGAGGUUCUCAGCAGUGCCGUGAGAGCUGGAAGAUGCUGAGCGCAUGUGGUGGGGAAAGAUAACGAGCAUGUUCAAAAUGAAAAUCUGGCCAGUAUUUUGGGCUAGUCACACAUCAUUCCAGGGGCCAGAACUUUACACAUGAACCAGAACCUUUAUCAAUGAAAUCCCCUUCCUAUGUUUAAAUCACUAGAAUUUCUAAAUCUAGGGAUUCAAGGAGUAGAGUUUCCAGAAGGUACUGACAGUCUCAUAAGCAAUUGAAAUUAUUCCCCUAAACUUUAUUUCAGCACUAAUACCCAUGCUUCCAUUGGGUUUGCAAUUUUUCUUCUUUGUACAUGGUUUUCCUUAGGCUAGAAGAAUCAUAGGAAGAGUGGAGGAUGUAAAGACCAAACAGUGAAAUUUACUGUGCAGAGUUGAGGGAAACAAGAUACCCAGUGAACUGGGCUCUAUUCCUGUUGGAACAUAGUGUUCUUCGAUGAGUAGAGUAAGAAAAGUAUAUACUUGGGUAUUACUAUUGACUCAUGCAUCUCUGGAAUGAGUGGUCUGAUAAAAUACUUGCUGAUCUAUAAAGUGUCAAAAAAUCUGAGAAUAUUAAUAUUGCUCACACAUGAGCUCUGAGGAUGUCCUCUGUGCAUUAAUAGAUUAAUAUUAAGUAAAGAAGCUGGGAUAUUGUAAAAAUCUCUUUUCUAAAAACUCAGGUGAGAAGAAAAUUUUCUUUGGUGAUGAGACUGUUGUCUUAGUUCAAAAAAUUAUCAAUAAUCCUUGAUAAACUAAGGAGCUUUCUAACGCUGAUUUCUCUUAAAACGUAUCGCCAUAGUCAGUUAGGCAUUACUGUUGAAAACAGCCUUGCUUUACCUGAUACCAAGGAAGCCCAGAGGGACAGUUGUUUUUUUUUUUCAUCUGUUACCUAUAAUGAGCUCUCUGAGCCCCCAUAUUUUGGGGAGGAGGAGGUGGUGGUGUUGAUGUUGUGUGCUGUCCUCUGCACACGGCUUUCUCAUUUUGAGGGAAAUGUGGGUAUAUUGACUUGGAAUGUGUAUAUUGUUACAGCAUUUGAAUAUGUUGACAUGUGAAUAAUACAUUGAUUUUGUUACUCUCUAAUAAAUUUGUAUUUAUUUUUAAUUCAUUUGAAUUGGUAGUUGUAACAGGAGAACUUUUGUCAACCUCCAUCCUGGCCUUCAUGACUGGCAAUAUAGUAACAGCAACCUUCUUGUAGAGCAUCUUAAUAAAAACAUGGCUAAAAGACAUAAAUGAUGAUAAUUGCAGACUGCAUAGAAAUUGGCGUGUGUUCCCAGUGGGGAACACAUUCUGAAGCACAUUUCAGUGUUUCCUGAGGGUGGCAGAUUCGCAUCACAGAUACUAGGUGUUACCCAGAGAUUCGGUGCAGUAUCGCAGCUGUGACAGAAGCUUUCUGCUACCUGGCAACCCUUCUCACUUGCCUCAAACUAGCCCAGAGACGGAUUAGCAGUCAGCACCGGCCUGAGGGCUCUGAAGCCAAGGGGGCAGCCUGUCGUGGGCAGCAGCAGCCUGUUCCCUGGGAAGAGCUUCUUGUAUAGUAGUCGCAGCUUUGGUGAGCUGAGUCUUUCUGGUCCUCACCAUUCCUUACUCCAGGUGGACAAAGUAAAUGUCACAACAAAAAAUUUUUAAGUGCUUUGUUUGGAGCACUUUAAGAUUGCACUGUUUACAUUUCUCAUUUACCGACUUUACUUCAUUCUCUUGAUUUUAGUGUUUAGAGAAGUGGAUCUAUCUCUUAUAUAUAGUAUGUAUCAUUUUAUAUGUUAUACUGUUAUGUCAUACAUACUGGUGAUAUCAGGCCUUGCACUCAAUACACAAUGCAAUAAACUCUUCUCAGACCUGUAUUUUUUAGUAAACAAUAAAAAGAUUGUUCGGCA